AUGGAUACAGGGCCAAAACAGAACAGAACUAUGAACCCUCGCUAUGGAGCUAACUGGUUCUCAAUUUUAACGUUUGGAUGGACAUUAGAAACGUUCAAAAUGGGCUACAGCCGAGAUAUUAAAGAAACAGAUCUGUAUGCUCCACUGCCGGAACACCGUUCCAGUGUACUAGGUGAUGCAGUUCAGAAAGCUUGGGACCGCGAAGUUCUGUCAGUUGAGCGCCGCGGGGGCAGGCGGAAACCAAGCUUGUGGAGAGUGCUCUUCAAAGUGUUCGGGUGUGAAUUAAUGUUUUAUGGGCUCAUCCUCGCUGCUAUGGAGUUUUUGAUAAGGUUGCAGCAACCAAUUUUUCUCGCUUUGCUGCUCCGCUACUACAGCCCCAUACAUGGCGAUAAUAACCCGUCAAAUACAACAUACCUGAACCGGUUUUUUUCCUACGACACGGAAGGCAGUGUGACUUGGGGUGAAGCAGUAUUUUUUGCAUUCGGCAUCAUUUUCUGCAGUGCUUUCAAUAUCAUGGUGCAACACCCCUUCAUGAUGGGAGUCAUGCAUAUGGGGAUGAAGAUGAGGGUUGGUGUAUGCAGUCUUAUUUAUAGGAAGGCUCUAAAAGUCAAUAUACAGGCCAUGACUGAAAACAGUGGCGGACUUGUUUUGAAUUUAAUGGCAAACGAUGUCAAUCGUUUUGAUACUGGACCACUGUUCGCACACUACCUCUGGAUCGGACCAUUUGAAACUAUGCUUAUGACAGUUUAUUUGUACCGAGAGAUGGGUAUGCCAGCAGUGUAUGGAUCGCUAAUCAUCAUAGCAGUUAUUCCAUUCCAGAUAUUCUUGGGAACGAACACAGCAUACUUCAGACGUGGUACAGCAGUGAAGUCAGACGAACGAGUGAGACUGAUGAAGGAAAUCAUCUUGGGCAUGGAAGUGAUUAAAAUGUACACCUGGGAACAACCGUUUAGAAAAAUAAUAGAUAUCGUUCGACGUCAAGAAAUUUUCUACAUAAAGAUGACCUCAUACAUUCGAGGUGUGAUCAUGUCUUUCAUAAUGUUCACGUCGCGGUUCGGUAUCUUCAUCACGGUGUUGCUCUACGUGACUUAUGUGAAAAACAUCACUGUCGAAAAUGUUUUCUUUUUAACUUGUUACUACAAUAUUACAAAACAAACGAUGACGUUGUACUUCCCGCAGGCUGUUGGACAAAUAGCAGAAAUGAACGUAGCUAUACAAAGAAUUAGAGAUUAUUUGCUCACAGAAGAAUGUAGUUUACCUGAACGCUUGCUGACUAAUGUACAACAUGUGCCACCGGUCCGAAAGAAACGAGUUGUAAUUAUUGAACCGCACAACGAACUGAAACCUUAUCAAAGAAACCCUGCACCCGGCCCUUCUAAAGAAAAAGAUAUUAUAAAAGAAAAAGUAAAAGAACCUCGUAAAGAAGAAAUAGCUAUCAAAUUUGAAAAUGCGUCUAGUAGGUGGAUCAAAUCUGCUGACAAAGAUGAUGUUAACAAUUUAGAUUUAACGAUAUUCAAAGGCUCACUGACAACUGUCAUCGGAGCAGUAGGUUCAGGCAAGUCUACGCUACUGCACAUUGUGCUAAGUGAGUUACCCUGCACCAAUGGAUCCGUACAAAUAAAUGGCACUAUCAGUUACGCUAGUCAAGACCCCUGGUUAUUUGUUGGUUCCGUGCGUCAAAACAUUCUAUUUGGUCAGGCAUUUCAAAAAUCUCGUUAUAUGGAAGUAUGCAGGGUGUGUGCUUUGGAAAAAGAUAUCUCCCUGUUUCCGCAUGGAGAUAAAACAGUCGUUGGGGAGCGCGGCGUAUCGCUUAGCGGAGGACAACGGGCAAGGAUUAAUUUGGCAAGAGCAGUUUAUAAAGAGGAAAAAGAGCUGAAGAUAAUUCAAUUGAUGAAGGAGAAUAUACGAGAGAUCCGCGAGGAGGAUUCUAUGCCAAACGACCUAAGCACGUUAAUGCAGCCGAGUGCCAUGAGUAUGCUUAGACGACACUGGUCAAUGAUACUUGACACGAGUGUUGCUGAUCAAAAGCCAGAAGCAGAGUCACAAGCGAGUGGUCGAGUACAUGGGUCCGUGUACCGCGAGUACUUCAUGGCGGGGGCUCCAUGUUGCUUUGUCAUCAUCGUAUGCUUAUUGUUCAUUUUGGCACAGUUCUGUGCUAGCGCUUGUGAUUACUGGAUUAGUCGGUGGAGUAACGCAGAAGAUAAAUUGUCAGGCGACAAUACAAUGGACGUACUUGUUUGGGCCGAGCAAGGUUUGGUCCGAAGAGACUUCGUUGUUAUCUUCGGCGUGAUCACAAUAACAACAAUUGCAGUCGCUUUGACACGAGCUUUCUUCUUCUUUUCUUUGUGCAUGAAAUCUUCUAUUAAAUUACACGAUCAAAUGUUCGAAUCCAUAUCGAAGUCACCAAUGAGCUUCUUCCACAGUAAUCCUUCAGGAAGAAUUCUCAAUAGAUUUAGCAAAGACAUGGGCGCUGUUGACGAGUUACUACCGCAAGCUAUGAUUGACUGUUUUCAGAUAAUAUUAAACCUGAUGGGCGUUGUCUUGGUAAUACUGAUGACUGAUAUUACUCUAAUGUUUCCGAUUGCCGCUGCUAUAGUAGUAUUCUACAUCUUUCGCGUUAUUUAUAUCCGGACUACCGGAGCCGUCAAAAGGCUCGAAGGAAUCACUCGCAGUCCAGUAUUUGGGCACGUGAACGCCACGAUCCUUGGUCUGGCCACAAUCCGCUCAUUUGGCGCCGAGUUCCUUUUAGCCGAGGAAUUUGAUCUCCACCAAGACCUUCACAGCGCCGCAUGGUACCUCUUCAUUACGUGCAGCCGAGCGUUCGGAUUCUUUUUAGACCUCAUUUGCUUACUGUUCAUCGUGUGCGUCACUUUCAGUUGUUUGAUGAAGACAGACAUGGAUGGUAGCUACGUAGGCCUAGCAAUAACACAGGCGAUAUCAUUGACCGGAAUCUUCCAAUGGGGCAUGCGUCAGUCUGCAGAGAUGGAGAACCAGAUGACAAGCGUGGAGAGAGUGCUGGAGUACACCAAGUUACCACAGGAACCUGCACUGAGGACUAUUGGAAUCGUGGGUAGAACGGGAGCAGGCAAGUCGUCAAUAAUCCAGGCUUUGUUCAGACUUGCAUAUUUAGAGGGUAACAUCAUCAUCGAUGGCAUUGACAUCACUGCAAUUGGACUACACGACUUGAGGGAGAAGAUAUCUAUAAUUCCACAAGAGCCAGUACUGUUCAGCGGUACUAUAAGAAAGAACUUGGAUCCCUUCGACGAAUAUCCUGAUUCCGUGCUGAUAACAGCUUUGAACAAUGUGGAACUUCAAGAAGAAGGAGGUGAAAGUCUUUUGUACAAGCAAGUGGCAGAAGGUGGUUCUAAUUUUAGCGUGGGUCAGAGACAGUUGGUGUGUUUGGCGAGGGCCAUAGUCCACAACAACCGGAUAUUGGUACUGGACGAGGCUACAGCCAACGUGGACGCGGAGACCGACCUGCUCAUACAGACGGCCAUACGAUUACAUUUUAACAACUGCACCGUCCUAACUAUAGCGCAUAGAUUGAAUACUAUUAUAGAUUCGGAUAAGAUACUAGUACUGGACGCAGGCCGGCUAAUGGAGUUUGAUCACCCGCACGUAUUGCUGCAGAACAAAAAAGGCUACUUCCGUAAAAUGGUGUCUGAAACCGGACCGUCCAUGGCGUCACACUUGCACAAACUCGCUGCACAGAGUUACAUGAACGAGCAAUCCAGGGAUAAAAUGAAAGAGACAGCCGAUUGA